AAAUUUCAUUAGCCAUCACACACUAAACAAGUAAGCAUUGGAAACAAUAGUUUCAUUCUUCAAUUAAAUGAGUUUACUCACAAACAUGGAGCGCAUUGAGUCAUUAUUCAACGCACCAAACACCAAGAAAAAAUGGCACUCUGCUUUCUUAGUCAUAUAUUGUUCUCGAGCCCUGGCGUCACACUUCACUCUCAACAACAAAACCAAACAAAGGAAGGUCAAUCCUUCUCCAUCAUUCACCGUCAUUGAUUUGAAUCCGCAACAACCCUUCACAAUUGAUCAAACCACCCUAACCACCAUCGUCAAAGAAAAAGACCAUGCUACCCUCAAGAAACACGGCGGCAUUGAAGGCAUAGCUAAAUCCCUUGAAACUGACACCGAACAUGGCAUCAAAGGCGAUGAACAUGCAGAAGACAUGUCACGCAGACGCCACAUAUUCGGCUCCAACACUUACCCAAAGCCACGUUCAAAAAGCUUCGUUCAUUUCGUAUUGGAAGCUUUCAAAGAUGUCACCAUUCUCAUCCUUUUGUGCUGCGCAGCGCUUUCUCUCGGCUUCGGAAUCAAGCAGCAUGGACUCAAAGAAGGUUGGUACGACGGUGGAAGCAUCUUCCUUGCUGUGUUCAUUGUCAUUUCUCUCUCUUCCAUAAGCAAUUUCAGACAGAAUAGACAGUUUGACAAAUUGUCUCAGCUCAGCAACGAUAUACAAAUCGAUGUGGUGAGACUCGGAAGGCGGCAACAGGUUUCGAUCUAUGAUAUCGUCGUCGGCGACGUUGUUUGCUUGAAGAUCGGCGAUCAAGUACCCGCCGACGGGCUAUUCGUCGACGGACACUCGCUGCGAAUCGACGAAUCAAGCAUGACUGGGGAGAGCGACCAUGUGGAAGUUGGAAAGGUUCAUAAUCCGUUCUUGUUCUCCGGAACGAAAGUGGUUGACGGUUACGCGAAAAUGAUGGUUACUUCCGUUGGAAUGAAGACUACAUGGGGUCAAAUGAUGAGCUCGAUUAGCCGCGACGUUAACGAGGAAACGCCGUUACAAGCUCGCCUUAACAAACUAACUUCAUCAAUUGGGAAGGUUGGUUUGGCAGUUGCUUUUCUUGUUCUUGUUCUUCUUCUUAUCCGUUACUUCACGGGGAACACAAAAGAUGAAAAUGGAGUGAAAGAGUUCAACGGGAGCAAGACUAAGUUCAGUGAUAUAAUGAACUCUGUCGUCGGAGUUGUGGCGGAUGCAGUCACCAUUGUGGUUGUUGCAAUCCCUGAAGGGUUGCCGUUGGCGGUUACGUUGACUUUGGCUUAUUCCAUGAAGAAAAUGAUGGCGGAUCAAGCUAUGGUGAGGAAGCUCUCAGCGUGUGAGACUAUGGGUUCUGCUACAACUAUUUGCACAGAUAAAACAGGAACACUCACACUCAACGAAAUGAGAGUCACAAAGUUUUGGAUGGGAUUAGAACCUGUGUUGGAGAAUGCGUAUUCAUCGGUUGCGCCUUUUGUUCUUCAAUUGAUCCAAGAAGGAGUGGCUUUGAACACAACUGGUAGCGUUCACAAGUCAAAAUCCGAGUCCGGUUCCGGUUCCGAUUUCGAGUUUUCCGGUAGUCCUACCGAGAAAGCGAUCCUCUCUUGGGCGGUUUUGCAGUUGGAUAUGGAGAUGGAUGAAUUGACGAAAGGAUGCUCCAUAAUUCAGGUUGAGACCUUCAACUCGAAGAAGAAACGGAGCGGAGUUUUGUUGCGAAGGAAAUCGGACAACACGGUGAAUGUGCACUGGAAAGGCGCUGCUGAAAUGGUACUGAAAAUGUGUUCAAAGUACUACGAUGCUUCUGGAAUUUUGAAAGAUCUUGACAGCGAAAUCAUGAGGAAAUUCGAGAACAUCAUUCAAGGAAUGGCAGCUAGUAGUCUUCGCUGUAUCGCUUUUGCGCAAACGGAAGUUUCAGAUUCAGAGAUAGAGGUUGAAGACGGAGAGGAGAAAGCUAUGGUGAAAGAAAAUGGAUUGACUCUACUAGGACUAGUCGGAAUCAAGGAUCCGUGCCGGCCGGGGGUGAAGGCGGCGGUGGAGUCUUGCCAGAACGCCGGAGUAAAUGUGAAGAUGAUCACAGGGGACAAUGUUUUCACUGCAAGAGCAAUAGCAACAGAAUGCGGCAUACUGAGACAAAAUCAAGACAUGGAUGGCGCGGUGGUGGAAGGCGAGGAGUUUCGCAACUACACGCCGGAGGAAAGGUUAGAGAAAGUGGACAAAAUAUGCGUGAUGGCGAGAUCCUCGCCGUUCGACAAGCUCCUGAUGGUAGAGUGCCUAAAACAGAAAGGUCACGUGGUUGCCGUGACAGGGGACGGCACGAACGACGCGCCGGCACUGAAGGAAGCUGACAUUGGACUCUCCAUGGGGAUCCAAGGCACAGAGGUGGCGAAAGAGAGCUCUGAUAUUGUGAUUUUAGACGACAAUUUCGCCUCCGUCGUAACGGUUUUGAGGUGGGGAAGGUGUGUUUAUAACAACAUUCAGAAGUUCAUACAGUUCCAAUUGACAGUGAAUGUUGCUGCACUUGCAAUAAACUUCGUGGCGGCGGUGUCGGCCGGCGAAGUUCCUCUCACGGCAGUGCAACUUUUAUGGGUGAAUUUGAUCAUGGACACGUUGGGAGCAUUGGCACUUGCAACGGAAAAGCCUACUUUGGAGUUAAUGGAGAAACCGCCGGUUGGGAGAACAAAACCUCUCAUAACAAACGUGAUGUGGAGGAAUCUUAUGGCACAAGCUUUGUACCAAAUUGCGGUUUUGUUGACUCUUCAGUUCAGAGGUGAGUCUAUCUUUGGUGUUACUAAAGGGGUUAAUGACACUCUGAUUUUUAACACUUUUGUUAUGUGCCAAGUGUUUAAUGAGUUCAAUGCAAGGAAAUUGGAGAAGAGGAAUGUUUUUAAGGGGUUACAUAGGAGCAAGUUGUUCUUGGGGAUUAUUGGUGUGACAGUGGUACUCCAAGUUGUGAUGGUUGAGUUUUUGAAGAAGUUUGCUGAUACUGAGAGGCUGAAUUGGGGGCAAUGGGGUCUUUGCAUUCUUCUUGGUGCUGCUUCUUGGCCAAUUGGUUGGGUUGUCAAGAUGAUUCCAGUUCCAGAAAAGCCAUUUCUUGAUUUCCUGAGUAUCAAGAAAUGAAGAAGAACUAAAUCAUUAUAUCUAUUUAUUUAUUUCAUUUUAUUAUAGAUUCUUUAUUCUUUUAAAUAAAGAUUUCCUUGUAUAUCAUUUGAUUCUUUAAUUAAAAAAAAUGGCAUUUCAUAGCA